AUCGUCGUCCCACCAUGUCUACUAGUCCUCCCCCCACUAAGCCUCUUACGCUCCGAGAGCGCUUUCAGAUGGUGAAGGACCUACUUCCACUGCCAUUCGUUGUACUUGCUGGUCUUUUCAAAUCAGAAAACAAGGGUCGGUCUGUCGGCCGCGUUGCUUAUGACUCGGCCAUGCGUUACAUGGCCUAUCGUCCCUGGAAUAUUCGUCAGAUGCUGGCCUUUUUCGGAGCACAGAAUUCGACGCAGGUGUAUGAUGCAUGGGUAAAGAGCAAUAAGCUGGAGAACCUGACGGAUGAGGUCGAAGGCGAGGGAAAGCUGCAUUGGGUUGGGCCACGAAAUUACGACAGAGUUUUGAUCUACUCACAUGGUGGAGGCUAUUGCUUCCCUGCUAAUCCAGAUCAACACCUUGGAUUCUUGAAGGCUGUCAAGGCUGAACUCGAGAGAUCCGGGAAGCCCACCGGUAUAAUCUUCCUCGCAUAUUCUCUGACGCCGUUCUCUUCGUUCCCUACCCAACUCCGUCAAAUUAAUGCAGCAGUAACACAUGUCCUCUCCAAGGGAACAUCGCCGUCGAAUAUCAUCCUCACAGGCGAUUCCGCUGGCGGCAACCUGAUCCUUCAGUUCUUAUCUCACACUCUCCAUCCUUUGCCUGACAUCACUCCACCUCCUACUCUCUCUUCACCACUUGCCGGUGUCCUCCUCAUUUCCCCAUGGGUGGCCUUUGGCCAAGAAUACCUCUCAUUCAAAGAAAACGAUAAAAAGGACAAUAUAAAUCACAGCUCUCUCAAGUUCAUGGCCGAUCUCGCGACGCCGGGCAUCCCCACAGGACAGGAGCAAUGGUUCGAGCCUAUCAAGUCCGAUGAGGCGUGGUGGCAUGGGCUGGAUGGUAAGGUGAAGAGGGUCAUGAGCACAGCGGGAGAAGUCGAGUGUUUGAAGGAUCCGAUCGAGGAGUUCUCGAUGUCGCGGUUGAAGCCAAAUGUCAAAGACUUCAGUUGGUUAGUGGAGAAGAACGGAGUGCAUAUUGAUUUCCUUUGUGACUUUCAGGUGAAAAAUGGCGGCAAGGGCGAAGCGUACGGGAAGGUUAUUUCCUGGUUGAAUGACACUUUUCAAGGCUGAUGCGGAAUGUACCUGUCACCGUGUUGUAACCUAAAUGUAUUCAGCAUCCACGUCCUGUUUUGGCUGAAUGUUGUACGAAGAAUCCCCGUCCCUAUACCCAGCUAGCAACACUGCACAUGUAAUAAAUACUUCGUUAGACUGACUACGUGGAGUUGGAAAGAGUAAAGUGAUUAUCUGCUUGAACACUCAACGAAACGAGGUCGAGGGAGCUACCCUACCCAAAGCAGCAGUCGAAUGAUCGAUGGGACAAAACAGCUUACAAUCAAGAAGACAUCUGAGAAGAUUCAGAGGGGCUAGACGAAUAAUUAUAAGACGGAGUCAUAGCACGCGCACCAGUACCGCUACUAGUGCCAGUGUCUUGAGCCAUGGCAUUUCCCAUAGUACUGCUCUGUGGCCUAUAAGGCUCAGGAGGUACAGGUAUGCCUCUCGCCUCUAGCGACCUCUGAACGCUAACCACCUGCAAUAUAGCACCCCUCUUCUUCACUCGAAUCUCCUCCAGCUCGUCUACCGUGAUAUCGUGCAGUACUUGAAAUUCCUUGAUGCGUCGCAAGGCGGUUUGUUCUGCUGCAAGGAGACUGUCUCGAGUCGCAUGAGCGAGGGCGAGCAGUUUACGAGCGCGAACCGCCGGGUCAGGAGGGGGUCGAUCACCAGUGAUCGACGAAAAGAAAGGAUCGGUAUCAUCUGGAUCGGGGUACGAGAACGGGUCGGAUGGGAUUUGUUGGGCCGGAAUCUCUGAGGGGCCUGCCUCCGAGGGGCCAGGAAGCCUAUAAGAUUCGAAUGAAGGUCCACCAUCCGAUGGCGGAUCGUAUCCCCCGGAUGAACGGUGCAAAAAACCAAACGGCCCAGGCUGCGAGGGCGGGUAGGUUGGAGCUGGUUGAGGGAGUGAAUAGCCUGGCAUCAUCUCUGAACCCGAAGAUCUGCGGCGCUUGUGAGACGCGUAUGAUAGUUCAGGAUCAAAUUGAGGGUUAGGCUCAUUCGACAUAGUAGGUGAGAAGACAGGUAUCC